UAUUCUUAUUUUCCAAAUUCUCCCACCAAACUCAAACAAUCGCAGCGAAAUCCCCAAGAAACAAACCGAGUUCAUUUCAUUUCAUUUCUCACAACGAAAACAAACAAACCGUUGCAACACGAAACCAUUAACCACGCUUUCUAUUCAACGCCGAUGUUUCACGAGAGCACUGCUGCGAUCGCCGCCACGGCGCGGUGGCCGACUCACCACCAACCGAGUCAGUGGACUCGCUACCAUGACAAGCUCUUUGAACGAGCUCUGCUAGCUGUGCCGGAGGAUUUACCGGACCGCUGGGAGAAGAUCGCUGAGCAGGUGCCUGGGAAGUCGGCGGCGGAGGUCAGGGAGCACUACGAAGCUUUGGUUCAUGACGUGUUUGAGAUCGAUUCGGGGCGCGUUGAGGUGCCGAGUUAUGCUGAUGACUCGGUGGCGGAUGGCGGCGGAGAUGGGUGGGAUUCUUCGAACCAGAUCUCUUUUGGGUCGAAGUCGAAACAUGGUGGUGAUAACGAGAGGAAGAAAGGGACACCGUGGACUGAAGAGGAACACAGGCUGUUCCUUGUUGGGCUAAGCAAGUUUGGCAAAGGAGAUUGGAGAAGCAUUUCAAGGAAUGUUGUUGUGACAAGAACACCGACUCAAGUAGCUAGCCAUGCCCAGAAGUACUUCCUUCGCCAGAAUUCGGUGAAAAAAGAGAGGAAAAGGUCAAGUAUCCAUGACAUAACCACGGUGGACAGUAACUCUGUGCCUGCGCCAAUUGAUCAGAAUUGGGUUCCUCCUCCAGGUGGUUCAAUGCAGCAACACUCACAAGAAAUGCAGCAAUACCCGUCGAACAAUUUGCAUGAUCAAAUGGGUAGAUUUGGGUAUUCAAACUUUGGUUUUUAAAUUGUAAAGGGUACUAGGAAGCUGUGUGUUCUGUGUGUACAUAAUGCAGUAGGUUUCAUUCAUCUGGUGUUAUUUGUAAAGUCUGGUGGUGUUAGCUGACAGAGCAAGUAGGAGUGUUUCUAAUUGAAUUAUAGUGUAGCUUUUGUUUGAAUUCCUUUGUGAAUAAUAUAAAUGAACUAUAGUGAGCAGGGGAGGUUAGUGAAAUCAAAUAGGGGACUUUAUAGGAAUGAAUUCAACAGCAAUGGAAUUUUUUUCUGUGUUCAA